CUUCUUCUUCGUCCAAGGUUCCGGCCAUGAAUACGGAGGAAGUCCACGGCACGUAGCAAGUAACGUAUGUCGUCAUCCUCUUCUGCUUUGUCUUCGGGCUGUCUUGGUCGUCGAGAUAAUCCGUCCGGUUGAUGGCUUACUCCUCGCACAUGUACAAGGUCGAAGUGAAAGGUGAGUAUCGCUAGAAUCCAUCUGUUCAUCGCUGCUGUUGGUGCCAGGUCGGGGUUUGAUAGCAUCCCCUUGAUCGAACUUGCAUCGACUUCCACCACGAGGUUGCGCAGUCCUAUCAGAUGGAUCCUCCAGGCACGAAGGGUGCGAAAGAGCCCGUAAAGCUCCAGUUUUGGUUGUGAGAACCGCGCUUCCCGUUCGUUCAAGGUGAUUGACCCGAAUCUUGCGUAGAAUCGUCUCGUCAAGUUGCCCGGAUCGCACUGGGCUAGAGUGGCCCCUACUGCGAUGUAAGAUGUAUCCACGGAAAGGAUGACGGGUGAUGUGGAC